UCAGAUCUGAUCUGAGAACGGUUUGCGAGGAUCGAAAAGGAACGUACUGUCUGGGAGCUCAUAAAAGUGUUAGUUGGGCGUGAGUCCGAUAUAUGUGUUUAAUCCCAUUGGACGCGUACAAUUAUUAUCGGCAGUGAUCUGGAGCCGCUUAUUAUUUACCGCAGCUGCGUCUGCGUGCGUCUUUACCUUUAAGGACCUGCGACAUUUUUUCCCCCAUACGAACAUCCAGUUGUCUACGGCCGAGAAACUCUGUGCUGUAGAGCUGGUUUUAAUAGAAGAACGCGCGGAUGGUUUCUUUUAACUCAUCUCGGCGUUUAUGGUGUAAUUUGCGUCGGCCGAACUCGAGCGCCGGAGGGGCGUGAGAGGACGACACCGCGCUCAAGAACAUCGCGUGGAGGAGGGGACGAAGACACAGAGGGGGUGUUCACUCAAAAUAUACUAUCCCUUUAAAACAAGGGGGACACGGCGGUGGGGGAGAGAUAGCGGGGCAGAGAAGACGGGAUAAAAAAAGAAAAGGAAGAAAGAGCGAGGGUGGGAGGGUGAGAGUAUUGCAGGAAAAAAAGGAAAAAAAUGUCAUCCUCUCGAUUGAAAUGCCGAGGCGGAGCCGUGGACGACGACCGGUGAAACGCUCGCCACACGCGAAUGAGAUUUAAGGCAACGCCGAGGCUCGCGCAGAUGCCGCUCGAGGCCUGGAUGAAGAAUCUUAUAAUAAAAUUGGUGGCCUUUUUAUUUUCAACCACGCCAUGCAACCGCCGAGAGCAAAUGAAACAUUAAACUGACAUUUUAAUUCGAUGAUUUUUGCAUGAAUUAUCACACAGCGGUCUAACUAAUAAGAAAGCAUUACAUGCAGAAAUUAAUUUUACAUUAAAUUUUUAAGCAUUAUAGGGCACUGUUAUGUGACACUGCCUCGUUAACAACAUACUGUGACUGACAACUCUCAUUUCUUAUUUUUUACUCUUUAGAAACAAGUUUAAUAAACACAUUUGAUAGUACAGUGGAAGGAGACGUUCUUCCGAUUAGUUUAUUUCAAACGGUGUCUGCACUGUUCUGAACUUCACGAUGGAUGCAGCUUGGAGCAGUUUCCUCUUUCAGACUCCGCCUUCACAGUCCCAAACUGACGGGACCCUCCAAUCGGAUCUUCUACCGGAUCUCACGGAUUCCGCUCAGGACCCGCCCCCUGAGCACAUAGCCCCGCCCCCAUCCACGGUGGACACCGCGGCGCUGAGCGAGGAGCCCGUGCCGGUGAAGCCAGUCACUCGACCAGCUCGACCUGCACACAUCUGCUCCAUAUGUAACAAGCAGUUUAAGAACAGUUAUAACCUGCGGCGUCACCAGUCUGUCCACACUGGAGUGAAGAUGAAGGACAGAGCCGCUAGAGAGAAAAUAGACGGAGGGAAGGCUGAAGCAGGAGUGGAGAGGCAGAGCAUCCCUCUCUCUCUCCUCCAGCUGUCUAUACCUGCCUCUAUACCCACAGCAGUCGACCCCAUGGCCCAGCCUGCCCCAAUCAGCAAUCAGCAGCUAGAGACGGUGGCUGUCUCUAUCUCCCCGGCAGCAGUCGCCAUGACAGUGAACCAGCCCCUCCCAACUGCAGUGGUGGUUACUGGGACAAUGGUUCAGGCUGCACCAAAUACCAACAUCAAUGAUAACCUAAGUAAUCCCACCCCGAUCCAAAUAUCUAUCCCAAUAACAAACCCAUUACCCAUCAAUCCAACUCCCAACCCUAACCCCAAUCCAGUCAGGAAGAACCAUGCAUGUGAGGCAUGCGGGAAGGCGUUCAGGGACGUGUACCAUCUGAACCGUCAUCGGUUGUCCCAUUCGGAUGAGAAGCCGUACUCCUGUCCAAUCUGCCAGCAGCGGUUUAAGAGAAAGGACCGCAUGAGCUAUCACGUUCGGUCACACCAGGGAGGAGUGGAGAAGCCGUAUGUGUGUCCGCACUGCGCCAAGGGCUUCUCACGGCCGGACCAUCUUAACAGUCAUGUGCGACAGGUGCACUCCACAGAAAGACCCUUCAAAUGUCCGGUAAUCAUACUCCUCUAGUCUCUCUUGCCUCCUCUCCCAUCUCAUAUGAUCAGACACGAGGACAAGGUUCCCUGCCACAUCUGUGGCAAACUUCUCUCUCCUGCUUACAUCACGGAUCACAUGAGGGUGCAUAACCAAUCACAGCAUCACGUCUGUCACCUCUGCAACCGCAGUUUCACCACACUGACAUACCUACGGGUCCACGCUCAGAAGCAUCAUGGGCAAGAGUGGAAGGAGAGCGGGGUCGGCCGUGGCUCGGGUCCAGGUGGGGUGCUGUUAUGUCAGCUAUGUGGGGUGCACUGUAAGACCCCCACACAGCUUCAGGGUCACAUGGCCACGCACGCCAACCAGACGGACCCCAGCGUUCCUUGCCCCAUCAGCAGCAGCACUAGUUCAGUGGCGACUGUGGGCAUAGCCACUGCUGUUUCCAGCCCUCCAGUCACAGUUGGGCUGCUGGUGACUGACUGCUCCAGCAUUGCUCCUCAGAGCCACAGCUAGCCCACAGCACAGCACGAGGAGGGAGUGAGAAGCAGGGGUUAAUGGGUGGGAGGGGAGGGGAUGGGCCUAACCUGGACAGGUUGCCAUGGAAAUGCCAACACUAAGAUUACCAUGGAAACCUACCCAUUAUCCCACCCCUCUCAUCCAAUCUUGCUGGGACUGAGCAAGAGCUGAACGACUCUCCUCAAAAUAAGUGUGACUUUUGAAUGAACUCAAGAAACAUCAGCCUGUUUCACACUCACUCAGUGUAAGUGCAGGCAGAGCAGCAAGCCUCACUGCAUUGCUUUUCCCUCGUACGCUUUGAUCUGGUCUGACCGACACAGACUGAAAGGGUUUAGAAGAAGAGCCCAGGAAGGACUGGUGAAUGACUGGUUUGAGUGUCAGUGCAUUUCCUCACAGAGUCCCAUUGGAAAGAUCACUGGUUAUAGUUGUAGGCUGUUAUUAAGUGCUGUCCCAGUUCAUUAUUUAAAAAAAGAAUCCAGUGUUGAGGAAUGUAGAACACUGAGAGGAAUCGACACAUUAUGGCUCCCAACCUUUCCUCUUAUAAUAAAGGCUCAUAUCUACAUGAUCAUGAAGUCCAGAUGACUUCGUUUUAUAAAUGAAUGAACUCUGUUGUAAGAGAUCAGUCCAUCAUAAACGAUCUUAACAUAAGUGACACCUCCACAGAACUUGAACAUUUGAGGGGAUGAAAUAUAGUGCCAUUUCCACUCAUAAUCCCUGCGAAGGAUUGUAAAAGGGUUUAAACACGGUCACAAGGACAAAGUAUUUAUAUUUGUAACGUAUGUAGUAUACAUAAGUACUAAAAUAAGCAUCUACUGUUCAAUGCCUCCUUUGAUAUUUUUCUCAUUUAUCUUGAUCUCUCUUUUUUAACUGAAGAUGUUAACCAGAUGUAAUAAUGUUGACUAUGUUGCAUAAGAUCUGUGAUAUGUUUCCAGUUCAGUUUGUGUUGAAGCUUGUUUAACACCAAUAUGUGUUGGUGUCGCUUUGCUCUUAUCCUAAAUAUUCUCUGUAUUACGAACAUGCACCUAAUUAUACUGAAUUUAACUAAUGGAUCCUUUUCACAAGACUGUGUUAACGCAUUGGUCAUCAGCAUAAUAAGUCCUCCAAAGUCUUUUAUAUUUUCUAAUUUUUUUUUUUAAGUAUCUACUUAAGACUAUACUUUCUAUUAUUUUACUUUCAGGUAAAUUUCGAAAAACUAGUUAAAGCUAAUGCAAGGGUGUUUUAAAAACAGCGUCUAUCUCUAUUCUUUUCCUUUUUUUGAAAGUGAUGAAAACACUGUAGUGGUGUUUAACUUUUGCUAUCUGAGCAAAUAGCAAUGCAAAAUGUAUAUAUUUGUGGUAGUUCCCCAUUUACCGCUAUAGAAGUUUACCCAACUAUGAUGACUUCUGCUGCUGAGAAACACAGAAAUGUGGAAAAGGGUCCACUACAGUCUCACUUGCUUUGAUGGGAUAUUAUGUGUAUGUGAAGUUACCUGGUGCUUUUCUGCAGUUGCUUUGAUACACGCAGUUGUUAUAGUGUUAGAAAUUAAAAAGUGAUUCUUUUGAAAGAAAGGGAUGAUGCUUCUCUGUGAAUAUAGUACAUAAUGGUGUAACAUCACAUAUUUCACCUUUUUUUAUCUAAGUGUAUUUAACUAUUAAAUGUGUUGCAUAAAAAAUUAUACAAAUUA